GAACGCGCGCCGCCACCAUCGUUCAUUCACAACCACCUGCUCGACGGGGUAGCAUCUCGUCUCGGUAUCAUCUGUCAUCCGCGAUCGCACAAGCAGGAGCAUCGAGCAGCCCCGUUUUUUUUUUUCGGUUCACCACUUUUGCUAGUGCAGCGUGCCGUCGACGACCGCGACAGGAUGAGGACCAACGCGACUUCCGGUCUCGUUUUAUCGCUCUACCUCUCGAUCGUCUUGUUCGUGAUUUUAAUUUCCGUCACCGAUAAGGCGCACGCUAAGCAACAAAAAAAAAAUAAUACCGAGUGCAGACUUCGAAAAGGUGGUUGUUCGGCGUUUGGACAUUCUUGUUUCGGUGGCCAUGGGAAAAGGUUCGACUCGACUGUACGACAUAACACUUUGCAAGAAAGCAUGAGCCAAAAUUUUCAAGAAUCCGAGGUGCCAUCGCCGAACGACGAGUUAUUCUACGUUCUUCCGAACGACGAAUUUCGGGAGCGAUCUGAUCAAUCUUUCAUGCGGACUCGCAAAGACACUCAACAAUAUGAUCUUUAUCCUCUGUCGUCUUUAGUCGAGCAAUGGAUAGCGUCUCAUCGUCGCCCGCAUCGCACAGAAGCGGACAUCACCAAUAAAUAAGGAAAGUGUAUAGAAAAAAAUUAUUAAAUUACCCGCGUAUGCCAAAAUUAAGCAGUUUCGUAUAUAUUCAAGUGUACCAUAUCCGAAAGAGAUUUAUUCAUACCAUUAAAAUUUUAAUUAGCUAAUACUUUAUUUAGUUACAAUUUCUCACAACACUGUUUCAUAUUGCAUUUGUUUGUUAUUAAUUUUUUCCGUGAUAAUGCGACAAUCACGUUUCCCUCACGCGAGUUAUAGAUUCAUUACAAUUACAUUAAGGAAAAUUUCUAGUUUUAAAAUUGUUACUACAAUUUGUUUUUGCUUUUUUCUCCUUUGUCCUCUGUUUAUCUUUCUCUUCUUCUCUCUCUCUCUCUCUCUCUCUCUCUCUCUCUCUCUCUCUGUUUCUAUCUCAUGUAAACAUCAUCUGUAUAGUUUAAGUUAUUAGAGUAUAAUUUAAUACUCGACACUGCGCAUCUCAACUAUUUUUACACAUUAGAUCAUUAUCAUUCCUCGUACUACAUUUGUAUAACGUUUUUGCGCGCAAUUUUUUUAAGAUUGUAUCUUCUCUAUGCUAUACUCUACAACGUUAUUUUCGGUAGAUAAGCGCGAAUGCUGCAUGAAUCUUGUUGGUAAUAUCGUCGUGUGAUAGUAACUUGUUCUCCAUUUUAUUGUCUGCUCUCGGAAAAUCGGUAACGUAUUAUAAUCGGAUAACAUUAAGCUGUGAAAAAUGAAUCUAUUAUGUAAACGUUAUGACAUGUCCAUUUUGGUAGCGUUAUAAUUUAUUUUUACGAAAUAAAUGUCCGCAAAUUAGAAUCAGUCACGUUAUUAAACUAUAAUUAAUAAUUAUUAUCUUUUACAUUCCUAGAGUAACCAUUGCAACGAGAAACAUUAAAAUUUAUUUAUUAUCGUUGUAUACUCGAUAUAUAUAUUUAUUGUUAUCUUGCAGUUUACGUGCAAUGCGAUAAUAAUUUAAUUAAAUUUAUACUUUUCUAGUAACUUAAAACUGAUUACUUUAUUAACGUAAUAAUUGUUUAAAUUGCCGUAUCAAUAACUGUACUUACAUAAACUCCGAUUUAUUAUGUAAAGAAUCAAAUGAAAUAAAUAUUGGCAGACGCCGAGAGAGCCUCAA